UACUUCUGGAAAACAUAUCCUGCCUGGCACACACGUCUCCAGAGGGCAGGCUGUGUCGGCGCUCUUAUGAACUUGUUGCGUAAAACAGGCAUUUAUUGGCUUGUGCUAAAAGUUAUACCUCCAGUCGAAAUGGAAGACGGUGGCAUUGGGAUACCCUAUCGAUUUUCUGAAUUCCAGUCCAUAAACCGGAUCCUGGAUGGACCUGGGCGAAAACAGCUGGUCCAUGGUUAAGAGAGAAGUCUCCAGCAGCCCAGGGUCGCCGGUGGAGCAGAACUAUCUUCACGGUGAUAGGAGGGACCGGCACACCUCGGAAGAGCUGAGGUCAGCCCCGACAGCUCAUCUUGACACAGGAAACCGGCGCUCGGAGGGACGAGCAAUACACCCCUACGUUCACUUUGGACAUCAUAACAACACAUUGCCUAGUUCAGAGGACAUCACGCUGUUCACGGAUCUAGACCAGGGAAACAAACUAAUCAUUUCCAGCGGAGCACACAAGGGAGGUUUAAUCGUCGACCCCAGCGACAUGUAUCAAACCCUCGCCAUAGCGGCAGCGCAGAGCCAGGCAGGAUACGACUCCCCUACUGGUAGCUAUAUGCACUCCACAUCAACCUCCCCGGUGUACGUGCCGACCUCCCGAGUGGGACCUAUGAUUCCCAGUAUCCCCUACCUCCAGGGCAGCGGGUCUGCACAGCCGAGUCAUGGGGUGAGCAGUCACUCGGUCUGGUCGCAGCCAACCCCAGAAAGCCCUUCCUACAGCACCGGGAGCCCUCACGCCUCCAACCGUUUUCACUACUCUCCAAGUCCGCCCAUGAAUAACGGCGCUUCCAGGGACAGUAGCUACAGUAACUCUCUGAAUGUGAAUGGCAGAGAUCAGUACGGCCUGGCUCGGCCUCUCGGUGGACCCUACCCCAACCCGUAUGCUCCUUACGUGGGACCGCAGCUGUCCACUGCUUGGCCGACAGGACCAUUUGACAACACGAUGCUGCAUUCACUGCAAAGCCGAGGAACGUCACUACCAAUUCGAGGACCCAAUGGAGAUAUUUUGGAUGACUUGGGAGAAAGUCGAGAGUGUGUGAACUGCGGGUCCAUCUCAACGCCGCUGUGGAGACGGGAUGGCACGGGCCACUUCCUCUGCAAUGCCUGCGGCCUGUACAGCAAAAUGAACGGACUCAGUCGGCCGCUAAUAAAACCACAAAAGCGGAUGUCAUCGUCAAGACGAAUUGGCCUCUCCUGUGCGAAUUGCCAAACCAGCACGACCACAUUGUGGCGCAGGAAUGCAGAGGGGGAACCAGUGUGUAAUGCGUGCGGACUCUACACCAAAUUACAUGGGGUCCCAAGGCCACUCGCCAUGAAGAAAGAAGGCAUUCAGACGCGGAAAAGAAAACCAAAGACCUUGAGCAAGAGCAAGGGCUCCUCUGGUAACGGUAACUCAGUUCCCAUGACUCCAACCUCUACUUCUUCCUCCAAUUCUGAAGACUGCUCCAAGAAUAGCUCUCCAUCAGCACAGACACCUGUCCAAGGGGUCAACUCCUCCACCAUGACAGGCCAGGGGGAGGCUCCCACCUCAGGCAGCUCCACGGUGAAGUACGUUGGGCAGGAGGGCCUGUACCCAGGGGUCGGCCUGACCUCCACGGCUGACGUGGCAGCAGCAGUGCGAGGGGAGCCCUGGUGCCCGAUGGCUCUGGCCUGAUCCUGAGGGCCCAAGAGGCUGCCACUGGGGCCCAAAGCGCCUCACCGGACCUCCUGCAGGCUUGGCAUUAGAGAAACCUACAGACUCAGCGCCGGACUAUUUUACAUUCUGCUUUGGGUGUGUCGCUCCCUCCAUUCCUUCACCUUUGAGCAGCAGCUGGACAUUGAUGUCAACAAAAACAGCAACAAAACAAGGCGCCUCAUACUUCUUCCUUUUUCUAAACAUGGAACUGAUUGACCAUCGGAUUAAUGCCUGCAUUGAUCAAGAAAGUCAUAUUUUUCUGUGCCUUUAAAAAAGGGAAAUAUUUAACAGCAGGUUUGUGACUUUGUAGUGUAUGUUCCUAUUCAUCUGUAAUGGGUACUUUCAGAAUGGGCUCAUGUAGAUGGCUCAUCUCUCAGUGGAAGGCAUGAUUAAGGGAAAGACCAAUGUCACAUGGAUCAAAUUGAUUUCAUUUGCUAAAUUUAUAUGUGUGCAUUACUUUAUGGAUAAUCCCCUUCUUCCAGAAAAGGUGGUUCAUCUGUGUGCUUUGUAGAAGUAAAAACACUGUCCCUGCACAACUUCCAUACUUUUUUCAGCAACUGGAAUAGAUGAAGUACAAAGAAAUUCUGAAUCAAGCCAAAAUAUUUAUUAACCUUUCAUUGUUUAAAUAAAUAUAUCAUAUGUUUGUUAAUAAAAUAAAGAUGUGCAAA